GCUCGAUUAUAACAGUUGGAAACGUUCUUACUUGUAAGCAUGUAGUGUUUGAGUGUUGUAGGACCAAAUGUGUCCGUAAAAUAAAGAUAAAAUGUUAAUACACUUUUGUAUUAUCAUGUUGGUGGCAUUGCCUUGUGUUUAUACUUACGAAGAGUUAAAGAUGGAUAAUAGUUUCGCUUAUGGUGCCUUUAAAACCCUUUGGAUUGAACGUGAGAUUUAUUAUACAAGUUACGAAACUAUUUUUAACAGUGUUAAUGGUACCAUUCAAUAUAAUGGGGAUAUUCUGAUUCUAAAAUGCCAAGGAAGAUACCUCAUCACUGAUGUUUUCCCGCCUUUUGAGACUACGUUAUCAGCGAGCCACGUCAUCAUCGAAUGUGAACUCCCAGUUACACCUCUAGUGGGAACGUUUCAGGCUCUAAAUAUUAAUGUUACUGCGAUUGAAAUGCUUAAAAUACAAGUUCGCCACCGGGACCCCUUACCACCAGGGAACUACACACCCGGCUUGUCCAUUAAAAGCCUUUGUCUUGACACUGUGUACGUCCAAGACUUUCUGGAACACAACCCAGACUUUUUUGUACCGCUAACAAAUCUAACGACCUUAAUGAUAUACGGAUCUAGGCUUAUGCCGCUGCCUGAAACCAUAAAAUUAGAAGUGCUAUCAGUUUGGCAUCAUUCAAACAUAAUCAGCUGGGACACGUAUUGCGAGAAUCUGCGGGAACUGUCCAUUUUUGAUGUGUCACUUGAAUACAUCCCAGAAAAGUGGCCGGAGAAAUGUUCGCAAUUGGCUUCGUUACAAAUGAGACGCCUUCAUGGGAUGGAAACGCAGCGUGUUAUUAACAGUGGUAUCAACGCAAGCUGCGCCCACCUCCGGAGUUUGUACAUAAAAGAUUGUAACCAAGACGAGCCUCCAUUUGUGAUACUCAAUGUGGCUAAGGAUCUCCUCUAUCUCAACAUGUCCGUCAAUAGAAUCGAAGACAAUGCACUUGUAAACUUCCCUCUUAUGAGAAAUUUGACGCAUUUGGACUUGCAACGCAACCGGCUGACAGGCUGGGGGUUGUUUGACCUGGUGAAGCAGCUGCCCUCGCUGCGGUACUUGAACCUGGACGGCAAUUUAUUCGUCAACCUGUUUUGCAAUUAUGAAACUAGAAUCAAUUCUUUUACUGCACAUCUGCAGUCUCUCGAAUGGCUCUCUUUACGAAAUAUGAAAAUGGAUCUAACCUGUCUCAAGACCGCAUACUUCUCCAAGCUUAGAUAUUUGGAUUUAUAUUUACAGGAAGAUUUACCGUCCUUGACAUUGGAGCUGCCGCAAACCAACGCAAAAAACCUAGAAGUAGACUUGCGUGGUCGUCAUGUAGGAACUAUUAACAACAUAGUUAAUAACUACGACUAUGACAAGAUACUAAAGGGGACAUUUUGGGGUACAGUUCCAGAAUAUAAAACAAAUGUAACUAUAUGGCUGACGUCUAUAGACUGCGAUUGCAAUAACAUAUUGUUCAUAAAAGCCGUUAGAGACGGGCUACUAUCGUUCCCAGAAUUGAUAUGCAAUAACUCUGGAAUCGAAGUAAUACAUGAACCUACAGAGAAUAUUGACUGUAAAUUAAUUGUUGCUGCAAAUGGUUGCUCUGUGAGGUAUUUCCAACGUGAAGCUACAGCAAGAGUAGUAUGCCAUGGUGGCAGAAAAAGCGACAAGUCGUACCCAGAGUACGAGGAGGACCACAUUCACACUGUAAGCAUCAAUGCUUCUAAUGAUGAAAUCUCUUCACUGCGGCACAUGAAAUUGACUGAGUGGCUCGAGGUCCUGGACCUCCGAAACAACCAGAUAGCGCGCCUGGAUGCGAAUGAUUCGCAUCGUCUGUUUGCACUUCCUGAGCGACGAGUGUGGCUGAGUGGAAACAAAAUCAUUUGUGACUGUGACAACAAACCACUACUUGAUGCCUUGCAUGAGCAUCGCCAUCAGGUGGUUGAUUUUGACUCUAUUAUAUGCUUCAAUACCGGAAUGUCCUUAUCUUCGGUGACGUCAUAUGAAGUGUGCCAAGUUGGAUUGCGAAUAGCAGUAGCUGUCAAUAGUGUCUUUGCUUUGUUAAUUUUAGUAGCAGCUGUAUAUUUGUGGCGCAACAGACUUAGGCUGAAGAUAUACCUGUACUCGCGGGGUUUGUGUCUGUUCUGUUUGCGAGAAGAGGACGUUGACUCCGACAAACCGUACGACGCAUUCCUCUCGUUUGCUCACGGCGAUAUGGAGUACGUCAAUGAAGUGUUACUGCCACAGCUGGAGGCCGAGCCGUACUCAUACCGCGUGUGCGUGCACUACCGGGACUGGCCGGUAGGAGACUGGAUCCCGGCGCAGAUCAUGCGUUCGGUGAGCCUCUCCAAGCGCACGAUCAUUCUGCUAUCGCGGAACUUCAUCGCGUCUAUAUGGGCGUCUUUAGAGUUCCGAUAUGCAGUGGCCAGUGCUACACAGGAGAAUCGUAUGCGACUUUUAGUACUCAUCCUGGAUGAUGUUCUCAACGAAACACUGGAUCCAGAAAUGCAGGGAUACCUCAACUACAACACGUAUCUGACGUGCGAUGACCCUUGGUUCUGGGAGAAGCUGCGAUACGCGAUGCCGCACCGCAAGCAGCUUAAAAGAACAAAGACCUCCAAUGUAUUUACUCCUAACCCUAUGGCAGAAGAAAUACUAAUGGCAUCGCUGACUGACUGAGCUUAGAACCUUAUUUUUUAUAGGGUCCAUACAUAAAUCUCUGGGCGACAUCCCACUCGCGUGAGAGAGUACUGCGGGGCGGAAGGCAACAGGGAAACCACUGCCCUAUUUUUCCCAAAAAAGUAGCGUGGACAUUGCUACACCGACAAGAGCGUAGCUUUUAAAUUGGUGAUGACAUACAGGGUGUUAGUGACAUCGUAACGAAAACUUUGAGGGAUGAUUGACACCAUGAUUCUGAGAUGAUAUCAAGUGGAAUUUUCCGUCGCAAAAGUAUGGAACAGAAAAUAACUUAAAAAAAAUAAAAAUUUUCAUGAAUUUUCCGACUGAAAAUUCCACUUGAUUUCAACUCAGAAUCAUGGUCUGAAUCAUCCCCCUCAGUAUUCGUUACGGUGUCACUAACACCCAUACCUACUUGUAUGGCUACAGUAUGUACUUGCGCGGGGUGUAAGUGACAUCGUAACGAAUACUGAGGGGGAUGAUUCAGCUGAUUAUUCUGAGUUAAUAUCAAGUGGAAUUUUUCAUCGCAAAAGUAUAGAAUUGAAAAUAAUUUAAAAAAACAAAAAAAAAUCAUGAAUUUUGCGUCGGAAAAUUCCAGUUCAUAUGAACUCAGAAUCAUCCCCCUCAGUAUUCGUUACGAUGUCACUAACAUCCUGUAUAUAAAUAAAGAU